AUGGCCAUCCGCGAUCGUGUCCGCCGCGCUCUCCGCAAGUCGGAAGCCUCCGACACAACGUCUUCGACCGAGUCAAACAGCACCACCGCCCACACCAGCCAAAGCUCCAACGACGGGCCACAAUUGGAAAAGACAUCUUCCCGUCUCGCGCGCGCCCUCACCUUUGGCUCUUCCGAUAGCAAGGAAAAGGAAAAGGAGCGCGCCGAAAAGCGUGCCUCCAAGGCCGCCCAGACUCGCCGUCGCACCCACCCCCGCGACCGCCCCCUCACGUCUCAAAACCUCCGCCACCAGGAGAUGCUCGCUGGCUUCAGCAUGACUUUUGGUGCCUCUGACCCGGCCCAGAUCGAGACUAUGAGCUUUGUCGGCGUCAGCCCCUGCUGCACCCGCCGCGGCUCCCUCGACCUCAGCCGCGGUAGCAGCACUUCCUUCUCCAACGCCUCUUCCGGCACCGACUCUUCGCGAGAAGAGUAA